AUGACGAUUUUACCGCCGUUCAAGAAAAAAAGCACAUCCGUGACCGUUCGGAUGCCCGUCAAAAAUAAUUCUGGAUCGUGAGUUUUUUUCUCUUUUUUUUGUGAACUUUUUUUAGAGCGAAGAAGCUCAAUUUAGUUCUGAAAGAAUUCUUCAGAUUUCAUUUACUUUUUUUUAUUUCACGCAUUUUUUUGAAAAAAACCUUGUAAGAAUAUCCGAAUAAAGUGAGGUCUUCUAAAAAAAUCGCUCUUUUCCAGUAGCUUCGAAAAAAAUUCUUUUUCUUAUUUCCCUAUGUGCAGUGAACAGUUUUUAGUUGAAAAAAAUGAAUAAUUUUAUAAUUAUCAAUCUUUUUCAAGCGAUUUGCGGAAUUCGACGGGGAACCUCCAACUUCAACCCUGUGGACCGCAAGGAAAUGCUCGGCGAAUGAAAAACUCGCCAAGACCUAGCGAUCUCCGUAGCCAGCCGCCAGCGAAAAGAAGUUCGUUCCAGAAAGAAAUCGAAGGAUAAAAACGUCAAAAAAAAAUCAUUAGCUGUUUUAAUUGCUUCAAAACCCUCUUCCUUUGAGAAAAUCUAUUGAUAGGCAAAGUCGGGAAGGGUUUAAAAAAAGGCUUAUUGGAAAUGAUCCUUUUAGGGUGAGAAAGGCUCCUUUUUUGCUGCCCUUUUGCGCCAUUUCUUCGACUUUUAUGCAUUAAUUUUGCUGCCUUUUUCCUAUUCCUGAGCCUUAAAAACCAGAAAAAAUAGGAGGCUCGAUAAAGGGACUCUUUUUGCUGCCUUUCUGUGGCCUUUUUUGAGCCUCAACCUUUUUAUUUACCAUUCCGACUUUGCCCGACCAAGAAAGAAAAGAAUUUUCAGUGCUGAAAAAAAUAUUUCCACUUCAUUUUAUGGUAUUCAGCGAUGUAUCAACCUCCGUCGAGCCUCACCAGCCCGUUGGGAUCUCCGCGCGGCUCUUCUUCGGUCCAUUCUCUGGACGAUCAUCACCAACUCCAUUCCAACGCUGGAGAUUCCGCCACUCAAGGAAUUCCUCAGAAGAACAAUUUAUCGUCGGGAACCUUGAACAACAAUUCGGAUGAUGAAUAUGAGCUGGAAUAUGCGCGGGAUGAACAGGUCAUUUCAUAAAAUUCAGUUGGACUUUUGAGUCAAAACAUUGAAAAGAUAUUUAUUCAUAUUUUUGCAAUCUCAAAGAUAUUCCAGGUUGAAAAAGAGUUUGCCGAUCGUCUACAAGCCCGGGGAUUGACGAUCAAAGAGAUGGAAGGCGACGGCGCCUGCAUGUUUCGCGCCAUAGGUUUGUUUUUACUUUUUUUUUUGUUUUUCAAUACUUUAAACAUGCAUGAUCAUGACAGGAUGGCGAGAAAUGGGCUAUCGUCUCUGGUUUUUCAAAAAAUUUUCUUCAUUUAUUCCAAAAAGUCGCUCAAGGGCUGUUGUAGUUUGAGAUUUGGUGGUAUGAAAAAAAAAACCAGCGAAAAUUCGAAUGGCGGCUUUUCCGAUUUUUUUAUAUCGCUAAGGAACUUUUCGACGAAGAAGUUUCCGCCGACUUUUUCCGACUUUUUCCGACUUUUUUCCCUUAUUUUUUCGGUUUAUAAAACAUCUAUAGACAUUUUUUUUCCUAUUUUUUUGUGUUUUAAUCAUGAAUCUACUUUAUAUAGGGAGAUUCAAAACGAAGAAUUUAUCGAGAAAAAAAAAUCGAAGAAAGAUAGGUCGGAAAGGUGGCCGUCGGAAAAUUCCCUAGCGAUAUGAAAAAAUCGGAAAAGUCGCCGUUCGAAUUUCCGCUGGUCUUUUUUUCAUACCACCUAAAAUUUUGCACUAGAUUUGUAAAAAAUCAAUCAUUCUAUCAGCCAACAACACGAAAAAAUUCCUUCCAGUUUCGAAAAUAAUAUUUCAAUCAUUUCCAGCUGAACAAGUCUACGGAGACCAGGAAAUGCACGGCCAAAUCCGAGACCUUUGCAUGAAUUAUAUGGUAAUAAUCAAAAUUUUUAGGAUCAGAAAAAUAUUUGAACUACUCAGGAAAACAACCGCGACUAUUACCGUGACUUUAUCGUCGAAGAUUUCGAUCAAUAUAUUGCUCGGAAACGUCUGAGUAACGUCCACGGGAACCAUGUUGAACUUCAGGUUUCCUAGAAUGUUUUAAUUGAAGUUUUAGAGGUUUUUUUUAUUUUUAGGCCAUUUCGGAGAUGUUUGCAAGGCCGGUGGAGGUUUAUCAGUAUAGUGAUGGUUGGUUUUUUUUUUAAAUUUUUUUGUUUGUAUAAGCCUCAUAGCAAAGAUACGGGGUAAAUCAACUGAACUUCGUAGGGGCAAAAAAAAAAUUUUCGAGCUUUUUUCCAGUUUACUUGGUGCCUUUUUUAUUGGCGAAAGUUUCUGGACGAUAUUUUAAGUCAAAUUUUCAAAUCUUCUCGAAUAUGAGGCUCUUUUUCAUUGAAAAUUGAGUGAAAGGCGGAUUUUUUAAAGGAAGUUUCGAAAAGAAGAAGUUUUGGAGUUCUCAAUGAAAUUACAAUAUUAGAUAACCUUUUUUCGAUAAAAUGAAAAUAAGGGCAAAAAAUAGGUGAUUUUUUUCAAACUUUCAAUCGUUUACAUUUUGUAAAGAAUCGAAUCUGAAUUUUAUUAGUUUUUCAAAAAGAAAAAAUCUUAGUUAGUUUUUUUUUUCAAGAAUGAGAGGCAGUUUGACUGUCAAAGAUUACAGAAAUGCUGAAGCUUUUUUUGGAUUUUUUGAGCCCUUUUUUCAACCUACUUUCAUAGCUUUUUCACGGCUGGCUUGAGUCAUGGAAAAAGGGUCCCGACAUGAUUUAAAAAAAGACAAUUUCUGAUUGGUGAUAACCACAGACAAGCCACGCCCCUUCCCUGAAUCGGCUAUAGCACAAUUUUGAGGGUUCUCGCGAAUUUUCCAUAGUUACUAAUUGCAAAAGGGAAAACGCGGAUUUCUGUACGAUCACCGAGGAAUCCUUGUUUCAGAGCCAAUCAACAUCUUGCUGCCUCGUAACAUGGAAGCUUCUGGCGAACGUCCCGCCACAGAACCGGCUCAACAAAAUGCCCCCCUUCGACUGAGUUAUCACGGCGCUGUUCAUUAUAACGCCAGUUAGAAGCCUCUUUUCGUGAUUCAUUCUCACAAUUCAUUCUUUCAAGUCGUUGAUCCGCACGCGGCGACCAUCGGCGUGGGCCUGGGGCUUCCUGGAAUGGUGCCCGGCGCCGCGGAGGCUUCUCUUCUGGCCGACGCCAUGAUCGACAGCGAGAGGAACCAUUUGGAGGAAACGAUGCUCCAGGACAAACUCAAGAUGACCGACUGGCAGAGGACCCAGGUCGACAUGGAGGAACAGGUGGGAUGAAAAUAAAUAGGUCGCAUUUGGAAUGGCUAACGGAGUGGGCUUGGGACUUUCUGUGGCCAGAAGCAUAGCUUGGGACUUCCGAUGGUCAAACCCUUAGCGGCUCUUGAAAGAUGCGUCCGACCUGAAACUACUCUAGCGCGCUUCCAUAGGAGUAUAAGAAUAAGAUGUCAAGAUUUUAGUUCCCUGUAAGCUAGCAUACAUCCGCAACGCGACCGCCACCCUUUGAGCCAUUCCAAGUGCGGUCAAGACCUGAAAAGUUGAUUUUAAUGCGUUUCUAGCCAGUCUGUCCACCUGUGAGAUUUCUUCAACCGUUUCAAAUUUUCAGUUUAUUAAUUUUCAAUCAUGAAGAAGCAGGGGUAGAAAUAAAAACAAAAAUUGAAAAUUAGCCAGUUUUUUAAACGAAGAAAAGGGAAGGGAAAAGAAAAAAGACCCAAAAAAUGCCUUUCUAGGACCCUUUUUGUAAUUUUUUCCUUGUGAAAGGUGGACGAAAAAGUGAAUUUUGACUAUAUUUUGUUCUUUUGUUGAUGAAACUAGCAAAGCAGAGAGCAAAAUCAGAUGAGAAAAACCUUUCUCCAUUUUCAUGAUAUCGAUUGAAGAUCGCCCGCGAAUCGUACCUCGACUACGUUCGAAGCGUCGACCAACGAAAGCCCAAGAUGUCGCCCCAAAGAUCCCCGCACUCGAAAUCGCCAAUCUCCUCUCCCAAGCCGAAAAAAGCCAACAGUGGCAUCAAAUGUAAUGCAAUCCAUGCCGAACUCUUCUUUUAUCUUUAUCUAUAGCCCCAUCGCCGAAAAAUCAGCAAGCUGACGUCCCUGCGGACAAACCUUCGACCAGUCGGGCUGGAUUAUACGAAGAGCUUCUCGCCGCUCAAUCUCUUGGUAAAUUUUUAAUUUUCAAGAAAAAACUGUACGAUUUGAUUCAGACUGGGAAACGUAUGACGAAGACGUGGCGACGGCCGAAGCGAUGCUCCUCAGCCGCCAGGAUUUCAUGGCCAAACUGGAAGACAAAUCCGGCAACAGUAGCAAAAACGAUAGCUAA